AAUCCAGCAAGAUGUCGUCCACCAUUAACAUUUGCCUGAUCCUUGCCUGCGCCGGUCUAUUCAUGCUUGGCUCGAUUAGAUCCACGGAGGCUGCCAUCGCCCGUGCCGAUUUCAGUAAUCCCACAUAUCCCGGCAAAUGUGUAUUGGACUUGAAUACAGUUAUGUCGCCGGGACAAACCGGCAAGGCGCCCAAUCAUCCAUGUGCCGGGGUCUCCUGCAUGGAUGGCGGUCAUGUGGAGUUCCGUACUUGUGCGGCUGUUGCCCCGCCAAAGGGUUGCAAGCUACGUGACUUUGUCAAUACCAAUCGCCCAUAUCCGGAAUGCUGUGAGCGUUCCCACGAUUGUAGCCAGCACAUUUGAAUCUUUGAUUGAUCUAUAGUUGGAUCAUCUUGUUAUUUCUUAUCUUACAUAUGUGUGCGUUUUGUUUUUUUUUCGUUUUUUUUAUAUUUUUUAUUUUAUUUAUUGUGUUUAUACUACAACAUAACAAUUAAAAUGUAA